GAUGCACUCCGGGAGGCCGACGAGCUGCUGGCCGGGACCCGCCGCCCGAGGCUGGCCUGGCGUGGGGCCUCUGCCGCGGGGGCCUGCGCGCUCCUCGCCGCGGCCGCCGCCUUUCGCUGGCGCGCGUCGGGCCCCGCGCACCUGCGCAGGCUGCCCGGCGCCGUGCUGGCCGCGCCGGGGGAGCGGCCGCUGGAGCUGCAGGCGAACGCGACGCCAGCGGAGACGGGCUUUGCGGGGAGCUGCAGGGCGCGGCUGCGGCGGCUGCAGGAGGUGGCCGCGCAGAGGCUGGAGUCGCCGCCAGAUCCCCUGUUCCCGGCCGAGGCCUCCUCGGUCUCUGGCAGCGGGGGUAGCUGCGGCGACUCGGCCUCCACGGCCUCCACGCACUGCAGCCACUUCAAUCACUGGGACACCCUGCGCUCCAUCGCGGAUCAGCAGGGGCUCCCAGACGUGGUCGUCUUCGGCUCCUCUCGAGACGACGUUGACCAGGGCCGGCUGGGCGACUGCUACUUCCUGUCCGCGCUGGCGUCUGUUGCGCACGCAUGUCCGACGUGCAUCAUGGGCAUGUUCGUCCAGAGGCACAAUGAGAAGAAUGGAGUCUACACCACCAGGUGGCUUCUAGACGGAGUGGAGAUGGAGGUCUCGGUUGACCACCUGGUCCCUGCGAAGUACGCCACCCCCUACUUCGCCCAGGUAUCGAACGGCGUCUUCUGGCCAGUCAUCCUGGAGAAGGCAUGGGCAAAGAUCCUGGGGUCUUAUCAUGCUGCCGAAGCGGGAAACUGGCUGAGCGCUGUAGGUGCCAUCACUCGCUCUCCCGUGAAGUCCGUGUGGCACCCGGAUUUAACGCAGGACGACCUGUGGAGCGAGCUGGCACGUGCCUCGAGCAUGCAUUUCCCAGUCGGAGCCAGCACUGGAGACGGCGCGAGCAGCUAUAAUCUCCCUGUGUCCCACGCCUACGCGGUCAUCCUGGCACACGUGGAUCCCAAGUAUGGGCGCGUUGUUCGUUGUUUCAACCCUUGGAAUUCGGAUAGGUACCGCGGCGCUGUUCCAAACGAGAACAAGGGAGACGGCAUUUUCGACAUGAAGCUAGAUGAGUACUACCACGCGUUCAGGACAACGCAAAUAGGACUGGUUACCCCCAAUUACACUUCUUCCUUUCAUGCGCUCCAGGUGUCGAAGCAAAUGAGCGCCCUGACUUUUUCAAUAGCUUCCGAAGAUACGUUUUAUGUGUCUCUUGUAUGGCCCAUGCGGAAGUUAGUCGAGCCUUGCCAGUUGACACCUUCUGUAACUUUGGCGAUCGCCAGGCAGACCAAGAGUGGCACAUUUGGUGAGGUAUCCCAUGGCGAAGAGAGCAACGACGCUGCGGUGAACAUGGUUACCGCCAAGGCCGCUGGAGGGAUUGGCACCUAUGAUGUGUUCGUGGGUGCGGAUUUCCCCAGCGAAGUUGCUGAUCGGGUUGUCGUGGUCGUGUACGCAAGCGAGGGAGUGAACAUAACAAGUUCUCCGGAGUCCGCUUCCGAGGUGGCCCUGGCAAUGUUUGGCCCCGAGUGCAACGAGAGCCACGUCAGCUUCGUGGAGCACGGCGUUUUCACACCGAGUCCAGACAAGCUCGUGCGUGGGGGCCCUGACAUACCUACGUACUGGAGCAUCGACGACGCGGAGUUCGCCUACUACACCAGCCGCCUCUGGUUCGUCACCAGUGCGGCUCACUGGCAGGCAGUCUCGCAGGGGAAGCUGUACUACAGCGCCAGGGUCGCCGCGCGGGAGGCCAGCUGCGGCUGCCUCGACGCGCCCACGGGCGUGCGCGGCCUCGACGCGCCUUGCGCGCGGGUCUCGCCCCCGCACCUCAAGUACUCCAACGUGGCCUGCGAGGGCGCGCAGUACUCCGCACUGGUCCGCCGCUGCUGCCCCGUGACCUGCGGAGCCUGCCCCACCGCAGCGGGCCCGGCGCCGGCCAGCCCGCGGAAGCUGCCACCGACGUCGACUUCGACGCUGGCGUCGACGACGACGGCGCCCACGACGCCGACGCACACGCCGACGGCGCCGAGUGCCGCGCCGCCCCUGGCGCCUCCAGCGGUGCCCGUAGCCCAGGUGCCGCCGUCGCCGACGCCGACGGCGCCGACUUCGACGCCAGCCUUGACGGCGGCGCCCACGACUUCGGCGCCGACGCCAGUGGCGCCUCCGGCGGAGGCGGGCGGCGGCGAGCAGCGCCCUCCCACUCAAGCCGUGAGCGAGGACGGGCGCGGUGGUUCCGGAAUGUUUUUCUGCGGCGUGCUGCCAGUCCAGUGGUGCUCGGUCAGCUGGCUCAACUGGGUCAGGUCGAGCUGCAGCAGCCGUUGCCUGGUCCAUCCCGAGUAG